UGUAAGACAUGAGAGGUGGUUGACGGAGAGAGGGAAUGUCUGUGGGGACUGAAGAAUUGUAGUAGGAGGAGUGACUGUUGGAGAGGGGAAUGAUAAGGGAAUGGGUGGUAAAGGAGGAUCUGCGUGUAUGAGAGAAACACUUUUCUUCCUUCCACUCCCUCCUUUCCUUUCAGUUGCUGAGGAUCAAGCAUUCUGUCCUCAACAUCCUUCCUGCUGUCUCCACGGCAACACAGACUCGGGUACCACUUGUACUUCUCAUCCUUGCAGGAGCAAGUACUGGCCCUCUGCUAAAUAUGGAGCUGGAGCUGUCCACUUCCAGACUAUACUCAGAUAUCCUCUACUACAAUGCUACCCAGAACAUCUCUUCUUCUGCCCUACCCAACAUCACCUUCAGUGUCCCAGGCCAGGGGAUAUCCAGAAACCAUGCUUCAAUUAUAAUGGCCGUGGCUAUCACUGCGCUAUACUCUGUGGUCUGCGUUGUGGGGCUACUUGGAAAUGUCCUGGUCAUGUAUGGGAUCGUGAGAUAUACCAAAAUGAAGACAGCAACCAACAUUUAUAUCUUCAACCUGGCACUGGCUGAUGCCCUAGCUACCAGUACCUUACCUUUCCAGAGCGCCAAGUAUCUUAUGGAGACGUGGCCAUUUGGAGAAAUUCUCUGCAAGAUUGUUCUGUCCAUAGACUACUACAACAUGUUCACCAGUAUUUUUACCUUAACCAUGAUGAGCGUGGACCGCUAUGUAGCCGUCUGCCACCCUGUACGUGCUCUGGACUUUCGAACCCCAUCUAAGGCAAAAGCUAUAAAUGUUUGCAUCUGGAUAUUAUCAUCUGUUAUUGGGGUUCCCAUUAUGGUUAUGGCAGUGACCAAAACAAAUAAAGCUGGCACUAUUAGUUGUACUCUGCAGUUUCCUCGCCCAGACUGGUACUGGGACACUGUUACUAAAAUCUGUGUCUUCAUUUUUGCAUUUGUGGUGCCAGUGUUGGUCAUCACAGUAUGCUAUGGGUUGAUGAUUCUCCGUCUUCGCAGUGUACGGCUCUUGUCUGGCUCAAGAGAGAAAGACCGUAACCUUCGACGCAUAACCCGUAUGGUUUUAGUUGUGGUGGCUGCCUUUAUCAUCUGCUGGACACCCAUCCAUAUCUUUGUCAUUGUGUGGACCAUGGUGGAAAUUGACAAGAAGAACCCUUAUGUGGUAGCUAGCUGGCAUUUUUGUAUUGCCCUGGGAUACACCAAUAGUAGUUUAAAUCCAGUUCUCUAUGCCUUCUUAGAUGAAAAUUUUAAGAGAUGUUUCCGAGAAUUCUGCCUUCCCUUCCGAUCCCAUUCUGAGCAGAGUAGCUUCAGCCGAGCUCGUAACACCACCCGUGACCAAGUUUCUACAUGCGCUCAGUCACAUGCACCUGACAAGCCGGUAUGACUAGACAUGGAUGGCCGAAGGAGGGGAUCCCGAGGCCACAGAGGAGAAGAUCUGAACUCAGAAGUUACUCAGGUUACAAGUACUACAGAAUUUUAGCAGGAAGGAUCACUGGUUACUUCUGAACAAAAAGUUCUCUUGAACACUAGGCUAUUUUAUUACCUUGGCCUGUGGUUUUUGGAACUGAAACAAAAACAUUUACCAUAGAUUUGACAAUCAAACUAGCCUUCCAAAUGGAUCCUAAGUGACUCCGGAAUCCAGUUGCAGCUGAAGGACUAAAUCUUUGGUUACCAUGAUAUUGCUACCAAUGAAUCUUCCAAAAUGUUGUAAAUGCAUCUUGUUGAACUUAAAUGGUUUGCUGAAAACCAUUAUUUUGUGGGUCUGGUAGAAGUCUUUGACCCUCUUUUUUCAGGAUAGUGUUUAUUUUACAUAUCUACCGAAAAGAAAGUUUAUUUGAUAACUCAUAGGGCAUAAGAUUCAUGGGCCUACAGAAUAAGAAAAUACAGUUGAUUUCUCAAUUUGUGUAUUGUACUCAAAAUUUACAAUUCUCUAUAUAUGCCAUAUUUUAAGAAGAAAAGUACAAGCCACACAAGCAUGACUAACAAUAAGAUAAAAACUGGUGUUUUUUUGGACAGUUUGUUCAUCAAGCUUGGACUUUGGAUAAAAUUCCAACAAUUUCUCAGAAAAGAAGCAAUAAACAACUUACAAACUAAGCUUGCCAUUUGGACUACCAAAAAAAAAAAAAGAGACAUUUUAGAAAUCUGAACUACUGCAAGACUGUUUGACACAAAAUGGUAUUUAAUUAAAGUAAUGUGACAAUAUUUCUAUCCUAUUGUGGCAUGACAGACCUUUUGAAGACAUAAACAGUCCUCAUGGAUCAACACUCUACAGGGACAAUUUUAAGGUGCUUUGUAAGAAAGCACAGCGCUAGAUUACUAAGGUCUAGUACUGUAUAGAUCAGUAUUGUGUCCCUUAAAGGGAUAUUCUGUGGUUUGUUUGUUUUUGGCGCUGUGUAUAUAAUAUUUGUAUAUAUUUCUAGUACAUGCACAUAAAACAUAUCCAUACAUAACAUAAUAUACUGACAUUUGAUGACAUUGUUCUACCUUAUGGAAAGUGGCUGCAUAUACUUUAAGGGGUGUCCCAGUGACUAACCCUUAGCCCAUAUUCCCAGUAUAGGGUAUAAGACCCAGAUUUAACUACCUAUCUAUCUGAGACAAAAAUGUGUCUGAUUUUUGUCCCAGACAGAUAACACUCAGAACAUACUGGUAUUAGGUUAAGGGGGUAAAAUUUCAUGACAGUUACACUUGAAAGAAACUAAAAUGUUAAAAUUAAAAUAGUCUACUAUAUCUACAUCACGACAGCCGGUCAGCUAUUACAUUGAUAACACUUCCUAGUUUGGUAUAUACACUGCCAAUCCACCUGAAUGAAUAAAAAUAAAAAUCAGACAUGGUGGCAUGAAAAAAAGGGGUCCCAGCAUGCUGCAUAUUGAUCUGUGCGGCCUAGCUAUGUACAAGAUGUAGAAAAGAGAGCAAAAUCAGUUUGCUACCCUACUGCCUACUGCUGGCAUCAAAAGCACAUUAGCUUGUUUAUCGAAAGGCUUUACACAAUGAGACAGACACAAUAAAAGUUUUAUUUUAGGUAGAUGCAACUAAAGUGAUUAAAUGGCUACUUUCUUAGUAAACUCGUCAGGUUAAAGUGUUAAAAGGGUAUUCCAGUAUCAGAAAACUAUAUUUAUAUAAACUAUUACCCCUAUUCAUAUAACUUACUAAUAUAGUAUAAUCA